GCUCAAAGGGCCGUGUGAAGAUAUUUUGGACAAAUUGUUAUAGUCGAUGCAUAUGCUUGUACUUUGAUAUCAUCUUGCCGUAGGCGAAGGUGUGUGCGCGCGUUUCUCAGCGUUGUCAAUAAUAGUUCUAAAGAGUGAGUUGCGAUAUAAUUUAAUAUUUUAUUUUAUAGGAACAAUAUGAUGCAAUGCGAGAAUCGUGGCUAUUUUAUUCGUAUUGGACAAAAACAGUUGAUUCAAUAGUCAAAUAUCCAUGGUUCUAUGCCUGCUACUUUGGCCAACAGUGUGCCGAAUUCGGGGUAUGGCGGCGGCGAUUGGGUCUCGCAUCUCAAAUAGUUACCGGGGUGGUUGGUCACCUGGCCUUAUUCCACAUACCUUGCUACACUAACCCUGUCCCAUGUCUUUCGUUGUCUUGUCGUUUUUAUAUUUCGACAGUAGCAGUAAAAACUCCAUAUUUUGUCAUAUGCAGCGCUUAUAUGCAGUGUGCGGCAUGCAGCAUGCAGUUGCAUUUGGUACCGAAAAGACCAUGCAGAGUACCGCUGGUCAAUAUCACAACCUAUCAUCGCCACUUCAUGUUGGCUCUAUUAAAGAGCUGCGCUCUAUUUGAAAAGCUAGUAUUUGGCUUGCAUUGGGCAGAAUACAGGGAGAACAGAAUCGCGCGUUGUGACGGGCACGUGGAGAAUUGGAUUUGUGCACGAGGGAACAAUCGCAGCAUCCAUAGCAUGGCAUGAAAGAAGGCAAUGGAGAUUGCUGCAAACUUGUAGAAACAAGCUAUUGUCCAUGUUUUACAAUAGUACUGGCUUUCUUCCUCGUUUUCUCUCUCCAAAAUGAUUUAGCCGGUUUCCAAUAAGAACACUGUGUAGAAGCAGAAAUGCAGCCAAAGUCUCGCCAUUCGUUUGCCGUGGUUGCCAGAUGCUGGUCACCGGUAGGCGCGGGCGGCUACCUAUUGUGGCAUGUUGUACGUACAAGUGCGUCCUGCCUCAACAUCUCGCUUUUUCUCGCCCUUCCCUUUUGCGACUUU